CCCCACCCUGACACGUGAGGGUCGGGGUGCGGACGCGGCCCGCCCGGGCUGGGGAAGAGCUCCGCGGACUCGGGCCUGUGGGUCGCAUGGACACCCUGGCGCUGGGCCGGUGGCGUCGGCGGAGGCUGGAGGAGCUGCAGGUUCCGGGGGACGCGAAGCGGGCCUGCCGGAGCUCGGACGCCGCUGCGCAGUGGCGGGGCUGCCCGCAGGUGCUGGCCGGCGCCUGGGGGCCCUGCCGGGGCGGCGAGGAGCUGGAGGCGCCGCCCCGAGGCCUCCUGCCCGCACCGAGGCCAGACAGCAGCCCGGGGCCACCGACCGCCGGGAUCCCUCCGAGCGGCGGAAGGAGCCCAGCCCGGCCCUGCCCGAGGUGCCUUGCAGGGGAGUCUCCUCUCUCUCCCGGGCCGGAAACUGCCCGCAGACCGCAGGCGUCGGGGGAAGAGCAGUGUUCGCACCAGCAGCUCAGAGUGGAGGCGAAGCCAGGCAUGUGUGUGCGUGUGUCUGCGUGUCUGUGCAUUUCUGCCAUUGCCGAGAGAUUUCCAGAGAAGCCGUGUCCUUCUGUCUUUGACGAGCAAAGGACUGAAUCAACAAAGGAGAUCCUCAGUGGACAGGCGGCAGCUCCCGUGUCUUACAGUGACGGGCAAGGGUGUCGCUCUAAGCCAGGACGGAGACUGUGUCUGUGGUCACCCCCUGGUAAUCUGAAGCCAUCAGACACGCACGAGAACAGCGCCUCACGGCAGAGUCACUCCGUGGGGGCGUGCUCUGCUCCCCGGCCUGCGCCGUCCCCAGGAAAAUCCCCGCAGGUUAUGUGGUUCUGCGCGCGGGGGGCUGGGGGGGGAGGGUCAGAGACCCAGCACCCGAACUGCGCUGUUGCAGGCCGACGCACGUGACCGUCAGACGUGCCCGGCAGUGCCGGGAAGUAACACUUACCUCGAGGAAUGGGACCCACUCUGGGCCCCCGGGCGAUGCCGCCACCGACCCUCCGUCUCCUUACCCCGCAGCGGCGGGACACACUGCCCCCGCCCCACCCCCGGGGCAUGCACGCCCGGACCGCGACGUGGGCCUGCGCGCUCCCGGAGGCUGCGUUCCAGCACCAGGGGCUUAAGGGAAAAAAAUUUGGCUCAAGUGGCUGAUGGGAUCGUUUCGGCUAAUAUAGUCUGUUUGAACAACAGCACCUGUUUGAGGAGGGUUUUCCCUUCCUUUGUAACUCCCCAGACGCGCCUCUGCCGCGCUGCACAGGAAAUGAGUCUGCGAGCAGAAGACCUAUAUUGAUAUGUAAAUAGAUCAUUUUUUGUUAAUGCUCGAUAUUCUUUUUCAUCUAGGUUUCAGAAACCGACUUUAAAAAACCAGUUCCUCUUUAUUUGUAGUUAUUUUCAAUAAAAUUUCGCCCAGGCUUGGGAGAUUUAAUAUUUACACCCACUAUUUCUGAAAGUCUAG